AAAAAGAAUGGACUUUCACUAGUUCGGGUUACAUAAUUAGAAAAUUUAUACUACUUCAUGCUAACUAAAGAAUCAAAAAUCAAUGUCUUCUGAUUUGUGCGAAUUUGACGGGUCUUUCUUCACUGAUCCAUUCUCUCUAUUGAGUGACACUUCCUCUAUAGACAUCCUCAAAGCAUUUCAAGAAAAUAGUUACAAUUUAAACCCUUUAUCAUCAUCUACUUUGACCCAUGAAAAUCUUGACACCCCAUUUGAUGAACUUGAUCAGAUUACGUGCACCACCUCGACCACCCUUCUAUCUUCCUCCCCACCAAGUCAUCAACUUGAAAAUCUAUCCUUAUACCAAAUGGGCAAUUCACUAAACUCCAUAGCUUUGUCUCCUCUUGAGGUCAAAGCAGAAGAAAGUCAACUACCUGUUUAUGAUUACCUUGUCAACAAUGAUUCUUUCUUGCCUCAUAGCUAUGAUGGAAGUAAGAAUGCAAUGAAGAUGAUGCAGAGGAGCUACAGUAGUAAAUCUUUUGAUAGAAGACCAAAUGGUUUCCCUUUUCAAGCAAAAUUUGAUAGCUUGAUUGAGUCCUCAAAUUAUGAUUCUAAAGUCCUGAAAUCAAAUGAUCAUGACUUCUCUGCUAACCAUAUGAGAAGGGUUUGCAGCACUGGUGAUUUACAGAGCUUGAAAACCAACCAAACAUAUCAAAAGUUGUCGUCAAGUCCAUUAGCAACGGAAGGAUCAUUCAUGGAGGAAGCAAAUUUCAAGGUGGGGCGUUACAGUCAAGAAGAAAGGAAAGAGAGAAUCUUGAGGUACAAGGCAAAAAGGACACAAAGAAAUUUCAACAAGACCAUCAAGUAUGCAUGUAGAAAAACUCUAGCUGAUAGCCGGCCUAGAAUACGUGGGAGAUUUGCACGUAACGAUGAGCCUGAAGAGAAACCUAAAUCGUUAACUUUCCAACGAUAUGAUGAUGAAGACGAUGAAUUUUGGAUGGAUGGGUUGCAAGAAGAAUAUGGUGAUGAGAGAAUACCAACAGGGCAAUUUUUCAGCACUUACAUCCCUAACACCCAAUUUCACCAAUUUACCUAUUUUCCCAAAUAAUAAGGAGAUAAUUUUAUUUAGGAUUGUUCACUUCAGAUUUAGGGAAAGUUUACAUGGGUAUAUAUGUGAAUUAAAUAAAACCCCAAGUUUUAAACUUAAACAUGUUUUUCCAAUUAAGUAUUAUCAUCAAUAUUUAAGUAACUUUUUAGAUUAAGAGCUGAGAAGUGUUAUAGUUAGAAGUUAAGAUCGACACCGAUGAGAAUAAUAGGCAGGAAGCGCGAGCUGGUCUCGAAAAGAAGAUAGAUAAAAAGAAAAGAAAGAAACUACUCAGUGCUACUUUUCGUGGGUUUUGAGCCCCAAUACUUUGAUGGUAUACGAAGGAGGUUAAGAUGUAGGCAGGCUUUAGUUCUAUCUAAGUAUGGAGGCUACUCCUAUUUUUUACCUAAAUGUUAAAAAAAGACUUCAAUCUUUAUUAUAUAAGAUGAGGAUCGAACUCAUCCUAAAUGGAAGAAAGGAAACAAGUUUUCGCAUUCAGAGCUAUUAAACUACUGUUUUGAUAAUUUUAUACUUUUGUAAGGUAACAACAUUAAUUGUUAUUAUUAUUAUUAUUAUAUGAGUAUAAAGAGAAGGGAAUAUUUGCUUUUGUGUCA